CCGACAGACGGACGGACCGACGGGCGGGCAUGCGGGCGGCUCGACUCUAGCCCGGGCUCAGGGCUCCGGCCACAGCCAUGGAGCGGCGGUUGCGCGCGCUGGAGCGGCUGGCGCGGGGCGAGGCCGGCGGCGGCCCGGGGCUCGACGGCCUCCUGGAUCUGCUGCUGGGGCUGCACCAAGAGCUCAGCAGCGCCCCCCUGCGGCGGGAGCGCAACGUGGCGCAGUUCCUGAACUGGGUCAGCCCCUUCAUAGCAAAGGUGAAAGAGCUGCAGCUGCAGAGAGAUGACUUUGAGAUCUUGAAGGUGAUCGGCCGAGGGGCCUUCGGGGAGGUCGCUGUGGUGAGGCAGAGGGACAGUGGCCAGAUUUUUGCCAUGAAAAUGUUGCACAAGUGGGAGAUGCUCAAGAGGGCCGAGACGGCCUGUUUCCGGGAGGAGCGGGACGUUCUGGUGAAGGGGGACAGCCGCUGGGUGACCGCUCUGCAUUACGCCUUCCAGGAUGAGGAGUACCUGUACCUAGUGAUGGACUACUACGCUGGAGGGGACCUCCUCACUCUGCUGAGCCGCUUUGAGGACCGUCUCCCGCCCGAGAUGGCCCAGUUCUACCUGGCCGAGAUGGUGCUGGCCAUCCACUCGCUGCAUCAGCUGGGCUACGUCCACAGGGACGUCAAGCCGGACAAUGUCCUGCUGGACAUGAACGGGCACAUCCGCUUGGCCGACUUUGGCUCCUGCCUACGGCUCAACAACAGUGGCAUGGUGGAUUCGUCAGUGGCAGUGGGGACGCCCGACUACAUCUCCCCUGAGAUCCUGCAGGCCAUGGAGGAGGGCAGGGGCCACUACGGCCCACAGUGUGACUGGUGGUCCCUGGGGGUCUGUGCCUACGAGCUGCUCUUUGGGGAGACGCCCUUCUACGCUGAAUCCCUGGUGGAAACCUACGGCAAGAUCAUGAACCAUGAGGACCACCUGCAGUUCCCCCCAGAUGUGCCCGAUGUGCCGGCCAGUGCCCAAGACCUGAUCCGCCAGCUGCUGUGCCGCCAGGAGGAGCGUCUGGGCCACGGAGGGCUGGACGACUUCCGGAACCACCCCUUCUUCGAAGGUGUGGACUGGGAGCGGCUGGCGACGAGCACUGCCCCCUACAUCCCCGAGGUUCGCGGGCCCAUGGACACCUCCAACUUCGACGUGGAUGACGACACCCUCAACCAUCCAGGGACCCUGCCGCCACCCUCCCACGGGACCUUCUUAGGCCACCACCUGCCAUUCCUGGGUUUCACCUAUACCUCAGGCAGUCUGGGCCCUGAGAGCAGUUCUGAGCAGUUGGCUGCCCUGGAGCGGAAGCUCCGCUGUUUGGAGCAGGAGAAGGUGGAGCUGAGCCGGAAGCUCCAAGAGGCUCUGCAGACCCCCUCAGACCAUCGGGAGCUGGAGCAGCUACGGAAGGAAGUGCAGACUCUGCAGGACAGGCUGUCAGAGACGCUGAGGGACAGCAAGGUGGACGGGCGCCCAGCUGGUAGCUCAGGCCGGGACAGUGACCUGCGGCAGGAGAGAGACCAGCUCCUCCAGGAGCUGGUCGAGGCUCGGGCAGGGCUGCGGGCGCAGGAGCAGGAGCUGUGCAGGGCCCAGGGGUGGCAGGAGGAGCUGCUCCAGAAGCUGCAGGAGGCCCAGGAGAGAGAGGUGGCCAUGGCCAGUGAGACCCAGGCCCUGAACUCCCAGCUGGAGGAAGCCUGGGAUGCCCAGAGGGAGCUGCAGGCCCAGGUGGCCACCCUGAGCCAGGAGGUGACGCAGCUCCAGAGACAGCAGGAACGAAGCCUGGAGAAGGAGCCUCCCCAGAUCAAGACCAUCCACACCGCCUCUGAGACCAACGGCACAGGAUCGCCUGAGGGCAGCAGGCCUCAGGAAGCACAGCUGAGGCAGGAGGUAGCUGCCCUGCGUGUGCAGCUGGAGCAGGCCCGCGGCCACGGGCCGAGUGGGAAGGAGGCAGCUCUGCGGCAGCUGCAGGAGGAGAACCAGCAGCUGAGCCGCGAGCAGCAGCGGCUGGUGGAGGAGCUGGAGCGGGAGCAGCAGAGCAAGCAGAGACUGGAGGGCGAGCAGCGGGAGACCGAGAGCAACUGGGAGGCCCAGAUCGCGGACAUCCUCAGCUGGGUGAAUGACGAGAAGGUGUCAAGAGGCUACCUGCAGGCGCUGGCCACCAAGAUGGCCGAGGAGCUGGAGUCCUUGCGGAACGUGGGCACCCAGACUCUCCCUGCCCGGCCGCUGGAUCACCAGUGGAAGGCACGGCGGCUGCAGAAGAUGGAGGCGUCGGCCAGGCUGGAGCUGCAGUCAGCACUUGAGGCCGAGAUACGGGCCAAGCAGGGCCUGCAGGAGCAGCUGACGCAGGUGCAGGAGGCCCAGCUGCGGGCUGAGAGCUGUCUGCAGGAGGUCGAGAGGCAGAACCAGGGCCUGCAGCAGGAGCUGGCUACCCUCCGGGAGGAGCUGCGGGCCCAUGGGCCGGGGGACACCAAGCCCUCAAACUCCCUGAUUCCCUUCCUGUCCUUCCGGAGCUCAGAGAAGGAUUCCACCAAGGACGUCUCAGGAGAGGCCCUGAAGCCUGGGCUGGAGCCCGAGCUGAGGCCAGAGGGCCGCCGCAGCCUGCGCCUGGGGACUGUGUUCCCCAGAACGCCUGCUGCUACCACACCCCCUGCAGAAGGUCCUCCUGCAAAGCCUGGCUCACACACGCUGCGCCCCCGGAGCUUCCCAUCCCCCACCAAGUGUCUCCGCUGCACCUCGCUGAUGCUGGGCCUGGGCCGCCAGGGCCUGGGCUGUGACGCUUGCGGCUACUUCUGUCACUCGACUUGUGCCCCACAGGCCCCACCCUGCCCCGUGCCCCCUGACCUCCUCCACACGGCCCUGGGAGUGCACCCUGAAACGGGCACGGGCACCGCCUACGAGGGCUUCUUGUCGGUGCCACGGCCCUCGGGUGUCCGGCGGGGCUGGCAGCGAGUGUUUGCUGCCCUCAGUGACUCGCGCCUGCUCUUCUUUGAUGCCCCAGACCCGAGGCUCAGCCCGGCCAGCGGGGCCCUCCUGCAGGCACUGGAUCUGAGGGACCCGCAGUUCUCAGCCACCCCUGUCCUGGCCUCGGAUGUUAUCCACGCCCAAUCCAAGGACCUGCCCCGCAUCUUUAGGGUGACGGCCUCCCAGCUGACGGUGCCGCCUGCCACGUGCACCGUGCUGCUGUUGGCGGAGAGCGAGGGCGAGCGGGAGCGCUGGCUGCAGGUGCUGGGCGAGCUGCAGCAGCUGCUGCUGGACGCACGGCCCAGGCCCCGGCCGGUGUACACGCUCAAGGAGGCCUACGACAACGGGCUGCCGCUGCUGCCCCACGCGCUCUGCGCCGCCAUCAUCGACCAGAAACGGCUUGCUCUGGGCACUGAGGAGGGGCUCUUUGUGAUCCACCUGCACAGCAACGACAUCUUCCAGGUGGGUGAGUGCCGGCGGGUGCAGCGGCUGGCUGUGAGCCCCACCGCGGGCCUUCUGGUCGUGUUGUGCGGCCGCGGCCCCAGCGUGCGCCUCUUUGCCCUGGCCGAGCUGGAGAAUGUGGAGGCAUCAGGUGCCAAGAUCCCCGAGUCUCGAGGCUGCCAGGCCCUGGCAGCCGGGCGCAUCCUGCAGGCCCGCACCCCCGUGCUCUGUGUCGCAGUCAAGCGCCAGGUGCUCUGCUACCAACUGGGUCCAGGCCCGGGGCCCUGGCAGCGCCGCAUCCGCGAGCUGCAGGCACCAGCACCUGUGCAGAGCCUGGGGCUGCUGGGUGACCGGCUGUGCGUGGGCGCGGCUGGCGCCUUCACCCUCUACCCGCUGCUCAACGAGGCUGCGCCCUUAGUGCUGGGAGCCAGUCUGGUGCCUGAGGAGCUGCUCCCAUCCCGCGGGGGCCUGGGUGAGGCCCUGGGCGCCGUGGAGCUCAGUCUCAGUGAGUUCCUGCUGCUCUUCACCACCGCCGGGGUCUAUGUGGACAGCGCCGGCCGCAAGUCUCGCAUCCAAGAGCUGCUGUGGCCAGCAGUGCCCACGGGUUGGGGUUACGCAGCCCCCUACCUGACAGUGUUUAGCGAGAACGCCAUCGAUGUGUUUGAUGUGAGGAGAGCAGAAUGGGUCCAGACGGUGCCACUCAAGAAGGUGCGACCCCUGAACCCAGAGGGCUCCCUGUUCCUCUUUGGCACCGAGAAGGUCCGCCUGACCUACCUCAGGAACCCGCUGGCAGAUACGGACGAGUUCGACAUCCCCAACCUCACCGACAACAGCCGGCGCCAGCUGUUCCGCACCAAGAGCAAGCGCCGCUUCUUCUUCCGCGUGUCGGAGGAGCAGCUGCAGCAGCAGCGCAGGGAGAUGCUGAAGGACCCUUUUGUGCGCUCCAAGCUCAUCUCAACGCCCACCAACUUCAACCACCUGGUGCACGUGGGCCCUGCAGACGGAAGGCCCAGCGCCAGGGACCUGCCCCCGGCUCCGGAAGAGAAGGGCCGAGGUGCCCGCAGCUCUGGCCCGCAGCGGCCCCACAGCUUCUCCGAGGCCUCGCGGCGCCCAGCUUCCAUGGGCAGUGACGGCCUCGCUGGAGACGCGGACCACACAGUGAAGAGGAAGCCUUGGACGUCUCUGUCCAGCGAGUCGGUGUCCUGCCCCCAGAGAUCUCUGAGCCCCGUGGCCUCCCUGAUACAGAGUUCAGUAGGAUUUCCUCAGACUCUUCUCACGUACCCCUACCCCACCUCACAUCUGACCUCCUCCGAUGGCCCUGCCGCAGCAAGGGAUGUGUCCUGGGGAAGCCUCUGGGAGGCGCUGACGUGGUUUCAGAACGGCCCCGGAGCCUCCCCCCGGCCCCUGAAUCUGAGAGCUCCCCUUGACACCCUCCAGCGGGGCCCAACCCCCAAUCCCAGGACCGAGAGAUGUGAGGAAGCAAAGAGCUUGAGGAACGCCAUAUUCCGGCUGGUCCGGGACGUGUGGAAAUUUGGACUCAGGGAGGGCCUGGGCUGGGCAGCCAUGGCCUGGGUUGCUAGGACAGGGCCAGGGGGGGAGGGGGAUCUGACUCCCAGCCCUCAUCCCGCCUUUCGCUCUGCUCCCAUCCCAGCCUGUGCUAGCCAUGGGGAAUAGGAUGGCCCCCUUCUGCCCUGGGGGCCCCUCUGCGCCAGUGUCCAGGGGUGAUUUUGCCAAAGCUCUCACUUCCAGGGCCAAGCCCCAGGAGUGCUGUGCGCAAGAGUCCAGAAGAGGGACAGAGAGGGGCCGGGUUCCUGGGAGCAGUCUGGGGUCUUGGCUGUGGACUGUCUAACCCUCAAGGAGGUUGAGUUGGGGCAUAUCCCAGUCUCUGCUCAGGGUCAGGGCAGGAAAGACAGGCUCUAAUCCAGAGAAAGAGGUAGAGAAGGAGAGAAAGGAUGUCGGUGAAGGAGGUGAGAGAGGCAAGGGGGAGGAAAGGAAGUGCAAGAGGAGGGGAUAGUGAUUGGAAGGAGGUGAAAGCCAUCCAGAGGAGGAGAGAAGAGUAAAGGAGGAGCGAUGGAGAAGAGAGAGGCCAGAGGAGAGGGGUGGAGGGAGAGGGAGCUGGGAGAGCACACGCGCAGGCGCCUUCUGUCUGGGGGGGGAGUCGG